AUGUUGGCCUGGGAGGAGAUGCAGGCGGAGGGCCUGGAAGCCAACGCGGUGACCUACGGCUGCAUGCUGGACGCCUGCGUGAAGUGCGGGCACCUGGAAAAGGCUCUGCAGAUCUUCGCCAUCAUGAGGCAGCGGGGCCUGCACCGGAACACCAUCCUCUACGCGACCCUCAUCAAGGGCUUCGCGAAGUCCAAGGACCCGCUGGCGGCCAAGAACCUCUACCGGGAGAUGCGCGCCGAGCGGGUCCCGUGCAACGUGGUGGUCUUCAACAGCCUCAUCGACGCCUGUGUGCGCGCCUGUGACCUUCAGGGCGCCGCCGAGGUGCUGCAAGAGAUGACCGCGACCAAUGUGCGGCCGGAUUUGAUUACGUUCAGCACGCUCAUCAAGGGCUACUGCAGCAAUGGGGAGCUGUCCAAGGCGAUGCGGCUGCAGGAGGAGCUCCAAGCACGGCAGCUGGAGUGCGACGAGAUCGUCUACAACUCGCUGCUGGAAGGCUGCGUCAAGGCGGGGAACCUCCAGCUGGGCCUCAGCAUGUUCCAGGAGAUGAAGAACAAGCGGGUGAGGCCCAGUCCAGUGACUUUCUCCAUUCUGGUGAAGCUCCUGUCCCGGGCCGGGCGCCUGGACCUGGCGGUGCACCUGGUCUCCAAGGAGAUGCGCCAGAUGUAUGACGUACCGCCCACGCGUAUGGUGUGGUCCUGCUUGGUCACCUGUUGCCUCAAGGCCCGCGACCUCACGCGUGCGGUCAUGGCCCUGGAGCUGUUGGACAGCGACUGCGCGGCCCUGGGGACCGGCAGAAUCUCGAUGUACGCCGCCGUCAUCGAGGGGAGCAUCACCUCGGGGGAGGUGAGCACGGCGCUUCAGCUGGUGGACUGGGCUUAUAGCCGCGCCCCACCGGAGGAUGCCCGGGUGGGUUUGUCCAUGGACCUGCUGAAGCGCGUCUUCGAGACCGCCGGCCUACGGGGUGCUGAGGCGGAGGCCCAGGAGACGCUGGACACGGUGGGCCCCCGGAUCGGCGAGCACGUCCGCGGCGCGCUGGAAGACGUGCUCAUGCGCAGCAAGGGGCGGCUGAACUUGGACGACAUGGGCUACAAAGGCUCUGCCAAGAUUGCCCGGAGCCAAAGUUCGUUCGCGCCGACCGGAGACGCAGUCGACCAUGCGGCCUGA